AUGCUGACGGAACGGGACGCAGCGAAUGGAUCGAGCCCGCGCCCAGCCUGCCGACGGCGAGCGCCUGCGGCCGACCCGCCUCCCGCGCAGGUCCACCCGCGCACGCCGGCUCCCCCGUCUCCCUCGGCCGCGACGGGCCCCGCGCCCUCCCCCUCCGCGGUUCUCGGUCACCUCGCCGCGGCUGGAGUGCCCGUCCUCCCUGACCUCUCCGACACCGAGCUCGCCCUCGCGGAGGCCGCGCUCGACGGCGUCCAGCUCCCGCCGGACCUCCGCGAGCUGCUCGCCCUGGGCGAGGUCACGGCCGCGCUGCCCCUCGCCCCUGGACGACGCCCGGGGCGCACGGCGCCGCCGCCUCUCGUCCCGCUGUGCGGCCGGCAUUACGUGCCGGCGACGCCCUGCCUCGCGGGGAACCCGGUGUUGCACAUGUCCGACUCCGGCGUGAGGUUCGCGGGCGCCAACGCGGCCGACUUCGUCCUCCGUGCGUUCGCAGCCGAGCCGCCGCCCGGCGCGCCGCUCCGGCGCCAGCUCUCCGCGCCGGCCCCGCCUCCCACGGCGAGACCACCUCCGAGGACCGGCUCCCGCGUUGCCGCCUCGCUGCGAGCCGGGCCUCGGCGAGCGCGGCGACCUCGCCGUGAGCGGGUCCGGUGCGGGAGGCGGCCGUCGGAGCGCUGGCCUGGCUGCGGCGCAAGGCGUGGCCUGGCCUGGCGAGCGGUGGCGCAGGCCGUGGCGGCUGGCCAGUCGGGCGGCGGCGCAGGACGUGGCGGCCCAGGCGGCGCAGGGCUUGGGGGCGGGGGGCUAGCCGGGCGUGGGGGCGUGGGGGCGGCGUUCCGGCGUGGGCGCGUCGGCGUGGGAGCGGCGCCUGCCUUCGCCUCCAGCAGCGCCGUCGAGAGGAGCGCUCCCGUCGAGAGGAGAGCGCUGGCUCCCGAUCCGUUUUUUGUAACGGAGUAA